GAAGUGAGCACACAGCGGAGUUUCGUUUCCCUAAUGAAAGUUUUAAUUUGGGAUCUGAGCUUUAGCACCAGAAAGGAGAAGCUCAAGUACAGUAGUACGCGACGGGGUACCAAGAAAGAAUACGCAGUUUUAUUCGUGCACAUGGCAAUACAAAAGCCCUGAAGUGCGACAGAACGACGCCGAUCCCGACACAAUAAUGAUGGCGGAGGCCGACGCGGAAGAGAACGUGUACCGUGAGGCUGUGGCGGAGUCGCCUGUUGCGCCCCCUAAUGGCGACAUUAACAUUGACGACCUGUUACCCGACGGUCCUCAGGGGAAUAUUCAAGGACAGAUGGAGGAGUUCCUGGGCCCCCAGCCGGAGUACGAUGAGGAAGAGGAGGAGAAGAAGUAUUACAGGAGGAAGAAGCUGGGCGUGGUGAAGAACGUCCUGGGGGCCAGCGUCGGGGGCAUGAUUAUAUACAGUGUCUACAUGGGCCUGUUGCAGAUGCAGCUGAUCCUCCACUAUGAUGAGACGUACAGGGAGGUGAAGUAUGGUAACCUGGGUCUGGAGGACAUUGACAAGAAGAUGCUGAUGGGGAUCAACGUUACACCCAUCAUAGGCCUGUUAUACACCCCCAUACUCAUCAGGUUUCUGGGCACCAAGUGGAUGAUGUUUCUGGCCAGUGGAAUUUACGCUCUCUUCGUCUCAACCAAUUACUGGGAGCGAUACUACACACUGGUACCAUCGGCUGUGGCCAUUGGUGCAGCCAUUGUCCCGCUGUGGGCGUCAUUAGGGAACUACAUCACAAGGAUGGCACAACAGUACUACGAGUACGUCAACUAUAAGGAGGAUCACGUUCAGGAACAGAAGAAACUACCCAAGGGGGCGUGUCAUCGCUAUGUCAUCAUCUUCCAAUCCGUGUUCUUCAUCAUUUUCCAUCUCAGCCUGGUGUUUGCAGAGUUCCCCCAGCGCAUCUUCCUCCAGCAGUUCCUGAGUGACUACAACCACACACUGUACAACGUUAAACACUGUGGUGCGGAGGGCAGUGGUAUGAUUGUUGGUUUCAACAGGACCGUCCUGAAGCACCUCCCUCGCUCCCUGCUGCUCAUCCAGGUGGAGAGUGUUCUCAUGGGGGCCGCCUUCCUCUCCAUGAUCAUCUUCCUGGCGGUGUGCGGGGCUGCGUACCGCCCUACAGAGGAGAUCGAUCUGAGGAGUAUCGGCUGGGGGAACAUCUUCCAGUUGCCCUUCAAACACCUGAGAGACUACAGGCUGAGACUCCUCAUCCCCUUCUUCAUCUACAGUGGACUGGACGCACUCUUCUCUGUCACCGGACUCACUCUGUCGUAUGGUGUGUGUACGGUGGGUCUGGAGUGGCUGUAUCUCCUGGUGAUGGUCUAUGGUCUGUCCUGCUCCCUGUUCUCCUGCCUGUCCCUGUCCCUCCUCAGGCUGCCACGCUACGUCUCUCUGCUAGGGGGCGCUGUGAUCCACGCUCCUCUGCUGGUGUUCCUGCUGUUCUGGUCCCCGGCUCCACGCUCACCUGAUCAACUGCCUUACCUGCUGGUGGUGAUCGCCCUCUGGGGAAUGGGGUCUGCAUUGAAUAAGACUGGACUCAGCAUUCUCCUGGGUAUGUUGUAUGAAGAUAAAGAGAGACUGGACUUUGUCUACACCAUCUACCACUGGUGGCAGGCUAUCGCCAUCUUCAUAGUCUACCUGUGGACUGGACUCAUCAUGAGGGCCAAACUCUCCAUUCUAUUGGUCAUCUUGCUGCUGGCAUGCUUCUGCUAUUGGACGAUGGAGCGACGCCUGGCCAAGAACAUGCCUUUCAGACUGCCUCGCAUUCCCCGCCCCAAACACAAGGUUAAAGGUUAUCGUUACCUGGAGGAGGAAAACUCAGACGAGUCAAACACGGAGGAGAGUGAUGAGAAUGAUGAUGAAGAGACGCAGGAGGAGGUGAUCAGGGAGGACUUCGGCGGAGACGCAGGGUCGCAGGGCUCUGAUUCGACCAGGGAGAGGAGGGGAGGGGCUAGGGGUCGGCGCAGGAGGCAAGACGAUGAUUAUGAGCAAGCGGGGGAAAGGGAGGAGAGAGAGAAGGAGUGAUAGAGAGAGGGAGAGGGAUAGAGAAAGAGGGAGGAGAUUUCCUCUACUCUAGGUGUUCUCUAGCUAUCCUCUAGCUGUCCUCUAGGUAUCCUCUAGCUGUCCUCUAGGUAUCCUCUAGGUAUCUUCUAGGUAUCCUCUAGGUAUCUUCUAGCUGUCCUCUAGCUGUCCUCUAGCUAUCCUCUAGCUGUCCUCUAGCUGUCCUCUAGCUAUCCUCUAGCUGUCCUCUAGCUGUCCUCUAGCUAUCCUCUAGCUGUCCUCUAGGUAUCUUCUAGCUGUCCUCUAGCUAUCCUCUAGGUAUCCUCUAGCUGUCCUCUAGGUAUCCUCUAGCUAUCCUCUAGCCAUCCUCUAGCUAUCCUCUAGGUAUCCUCUAGCUGUCCUCUAGGUAUCCUCUAGCUGUCCUCUAGGUAUCUUCUAGCUGUCCUCUAGCUGUCCUCUAGGUAUCUUCUAGCUGUCCUCUGGCUGUCCUCUAGGUAUCCUCUAGCUGUCCUCUAGGUGUCCUCUAGCUGUCCUCUAGCUGUCCUCUAGGUAUCCUCUAGGUAUCCUCUAGCUGUCCUCUAGGUGUCCUCUAGCUGUCCUCUAGCUAUCCUCUAGGUAUCCUCUAGCUGUCCUCUAGGUAUCCUCUAGCUAUCCUCUAGCUAUCCUCUAGCUAUCCUCUAGCUAUCCUCUAGCUAUCCUCUAGCUAUCCUCUAGCUGUCCUCUAGCUGUCCUCUAGCUGUCCUCUAGGUAUCUUCUAGAUGUCCUCUAGCUGUCCUCUAGGUAUCCUCUAGCUGUCCUCUAGCUGUCCUCUAUGUAUCCUCUAGGUAUAUUCUAGCUAUCCUCUAGCUGUCUUCUAGGUAUCCUCUAGCUGUCCUCUAGGUAUCCUCUAGCUGUCCUCUAGCUGUCCUCUAGGUGUCUUCUAGCUGUCCUCUAGGUAUCCUCUAGGUGUCCUCUAGCUGUCCUCUAGCUGUCCUCUAGCUGUCCUCUAGCUGUCCUCUAGCUGUCCUCUAGCUAUCCUCUAGCUGUCCUCUAGCUGUCCUCUAGGUAUCUUCUAGCUGUCCUCUAGCUGUCUUCUAGGUACUUUCCCCAGUCCAGCUCUCUUACAUCAGUGCAGAUUAAGGAAAGGAGUUGAAUCAGAAGAAGAAACAAAACGGGUGUGUCUCAAAUUUAACCCUUUUUACUUCAUAGUGCCCUACUUUUGACCCCGAACUUUAACCCUGGUCAGAAGUUGUGCACUAUGAAUAAGGUCCCAUUUGGAACGCAGUCAGUACUGUAUGUCUAGGCUAUUGACACGCACCUAGAGGGGGAUUGACAUAUAUAGAUAAUAAACCCGGUCAUAAUUGAAGAGGUUCAUCCACAGGAGAAUAAAACAGAGCGGUACAGGAGAAUAAAACAGAGCGGUACAGGAGAAUAAAACAGAGCGGUACAGGAGGAUAAAACAGAGCGGUACAGAAGGAUAAAACAGAGCGGUACAGGAGGAUGAAACAGAGGUACAGGAGGAUAAAACAGAGCGGUACAGGAGGAUAAAACAGAGGUACAGGAGGAUAAAACAGGGGUACAGGAGGAUAAAACAGAGCGGUACAGGAGGAUAAAACAGAGCGGUACAGGAGGAUAAAACAGGGGUACAGGAGGAUAAAACAGAGCGGUACAGGAGGAUAAAACAGAGCGGUACAGGAGGAUAAAACAGAGCGGUACUGGAGGAAAGAGAAGAACGGGGUAUUUUAUACAGAACGAAAGAGGAUGAAGAAAGGACAGGAAUUCAGUUUCGAAGGUUUCCCAUAACACACUUGAAAAUGGAAGCAGUUAUUCACUUCAAAUAUAAACCAGUUUCCCUCUAGUGCACGAUCACAUGGGUUAUGGCCCAAAUGGCACGCUAUUUACUAUAUGGUGCACUCAUUUUGAACAGGGCCCAUUAGGGCUCUGGCCAAGAGUAGUGUACUAUAUAGGGAAUGGGGUGCCAUUUCGGACGCAGCCAUACUGUAUAGACACCUGAAACAUAUGUGAAGUUAGGUACGUCACUGGCACUUUUGACAGGGUACAUACAGGGCUCUGGUCAAAAGUAGUGCACUAUAGAGGGAAUAAGGUGCCAUCUGGGACACAGCCUUUGUGUUUCAACAGUAUCACUGUAUUGUAUUGUUAGUCAGCUGUGUUGUCAUGGUUCCUAGCUCAGGUGUUUUGUGUGGCCUACAUUUUAUGUUGUUUUUUUGUAAGGAAUUUAUUCAAUCAAUGAUUUUGAAGAAAUUGAAUAAUAGUCAUGAAUUAUAAUGAGAAUAUAUUGAUUGUAAUUGUUUUUUUUAUGACUGAAGUGAGUUUUGAAGUUGUUUUCUGAGUAUAAAGCUGGUUUUGUGCCUCUUGAUGUGGGUGUUCUGUUAUCAAAGACCAACUAUUAUCACCAUGGAGCUUAGUUCAUAAAAGUGAACACCUUAUAUGCUUAGUUAAAUAAAAAAGUCACUCCUACACAGUAAGAAAGCUGUAAAGAUAUAUAUAAUAAACAAAAAUACAUUCACUUA